UUGAAAAAUAGGUUGUCAAAAAUUUCCACAUAUUUUCUUCAUCUCCUACUGCCAUUCCCAAUAACCCCCAAACAUAGACUUUGGAAAAUUAUUCGCUGUUGCAUCACAAAAAAUGAGAAUGAGAAAAAACUUUGAAUCAAUGGCGAAGUUUACUGUAUUAUCCAUGCUCUUUUUACUGUCAACAACGGCUUCCAUUUCUUGCGCAUAUAGACCAGGCGACAUCGUCCCUCUUAGUAGGAUGGGUCAAUACCAUUCUAGUCGUACUGUUUGGCAUGAUAUGGUUGGCCGUCAUUGCCCUAUGUUUGCUGUUAAUCGUGAGGUUUUGAUUCCUAUACCAAAACCAACUGGGUAUACUGGUGCUGAUCCUUAUAAAAUAACAUUCCAAGUUGGGAGAGAAAAGUUCCUAUUACCAUGGCUUUACAUCGUCAAUCGAAAGAGUUCUGAGGUUCCAAUGAUUGACAUGCACUUGAGAUAUUCAGGAGGUGAUUUGCUCGGUGUAACAGCUAAAGUUGUUGAUAUGCCUCACCAUUAUGUCGAAAUUCAUCCAAACAUACGUGAGCAAUUCUGGGGUGCUCAUUGGCCAAAACAUGUGCUUGUCAGAUACACGUGGGAGGAACGCUCCGAGAUAGAUGUCAGUUCGGGAUUCUAUGUCCUUUUUGGUUCAGGUCUCAUGCUGUCAUUUGUUCUUUCAAUCUAUAUUUUGCAAUCAUCUAAAGAUAAGAUAGCAAGGUUUGUGAAAGAAACUGUUGCAGAAGAUAAUCUGCCUGGUGGAGUCGAGAAGGUCGAAUAGUGCGUGCAACUUUUUCGCUGUGUUUGUAAAUCGUCAGCGUGCUGUAGAAUGGAUUUCUUUAAGAAUUGGUCGGUUUUCAAUGAUACACAAUGAACAUCAGCAAGAUUUUGUUUACGUAAAUCUCGGGUGAGAUACGUCACGCAUCUGAAAUGCAUCGGAAGGUCUACGAGUCGGUCCCUUCCCCGUUGUGCUGCAUUGUUUAAGAUGUUGGCCUCUUAGUAAUUUUAGAACACAAAGAUACUUGCUGUAAAUUUGUACUUUUAAGAUGGGUUUUGUACUUAUGUAGUUAUGUUGUUACUCUGUUAGAGCCUUAUUUGUGACACAAACAAAUAGAAUUUCAACAAUCACUAAUGCAGAAUCCCUUUUACUUUUACCAAUGUUUUUUUGGGGCUAUGACCAUGUGUAAUAUUUAUCUUUCAUGAAAAUAUAUGUGGUAUCUUCCAAAA